AUGAGAACUCAUACGGGUGAAAAGCCGUUUUCAUGUGUGAACUGUGGAAAAGGUUUUAGUCUAAAACAGAAUUUAACUCAGCACAUGAUGAUUCACACUGGUGAAAAGCCGUUUUCAUGUGUGAACUGUGGAAAAAGUUUUAGUGUAAAACGGAAUUUAACUCGGCACAUGAUGAUUCACACUGGUGAAAAGCCGUUUUCAUGUGUGAACUGUGGAAAAAGUUUUAGUCAAAAACAGGAUUUAACUCAGCACAUGAUGAUUCACACUGGUGAAAAGCCGUUUUCAUGUGUGAACUGUGGAAAAAGCUUUUGUCAAAAACGGGAUUUAACUCAGCACAUGAUGAUUCACACUGGUGAAAAGCCAUUUUCAUGUGUGAACUGUGGAAAAAGUUUUAGUGUAAAACGGAAUUUAACUCGGCACAUGAUGAUUCACACUGGUGAAAAGCCGUUUUCAUGUGUGAACUGUGGAAAAAGUUUUAGUGAAAAACAGGAUUUAACUCGGCACAUGAUGAUUCACACUGGUGAAAAGCCGUUUUCAUGUGUGAACUGUGGAAAAAGCUUUUGUCAAAAACGGGAUUUAACUCAGCACAUGAUGAUUCACACAGGUGAAAAGCCGUUUUCAUGUGUGAACUGUGGAAAAAGCUUUAGUCAAAAACGGGAUUUAACUCGGCACAUGAUGAUUCACACUGGUGAAAAGCCGUUUUCAUGUGUGAACUGUGGAAAAAGUUUUAGUCAAAAACAGGAUUUAACUUGGCACAUGAUGAUUCACACAGGUGAAAAGCCGUUUUCAUGUGUGAACUGUGGAAAAAGUUUUAGUCAAAAACAGGAUUUAACUCGGCACAUGAAGAUUCACACUGGUGAAAAGCCGUUUUCAUGUGUGAACUGUGGAAAAAGUUUUAGUCAAAAACAGGAUUUAACUCGGCACAUGAUGAUUCACACUGGUGAAAAGCCGUUUUCAUGUGUGAACUGUGGAAAAAGUUUUAGUCUAAAAAGGAAUUUAACUCAGCACAUGAGGAUUCACACUGGUGAAAAGCCGUUUUCAUGUGUGAACUGUGGAAAAAGCUUUAGUCAAAAAGUUAAUUUAACUCAGCACAUGAUGAUUCACACAGGUGAAAAGCCGUUUUCAUGUGUGAACUGUGGAAAAAGUUUUAGUGUAAAACAGAAUUUAACUCAGCACAUGAUGAUUCACACAGGUGAAAAGCCGUUUUCAUGUGUGAACUGUGGAAAAAGUUUUAGUGUAAAACAGAAUUUAACUCAGCACAUGAUGAUUCACACAGGUGAAAAGCCGUUUUCAUGUGUGAACUGUGGAAAAAGUUUUAGUGUAAAACGGAAUUUAACUCAGCACAUGAUGAUUCACACUGGUGAAAAACCAUUUUCAUGUGUGAACUGUGGAGAAAGUUUUCGUCACAAGGUGAGUUUAAUUCACCACUUGAAGCGUCACACAGGUGAAAAGCUGUAGAAGUAUUUUCCAUACAUGUUCUAU